AUGGUGCAGAAUACACUGCGGUCGGCCCUCAUGUGGCUCUUUGCUUUCAUGGCCCUUUUCCGCCUAUCAUACGCGCAGACUACCGUCAACGGAGUGAGAUACGUCAAGGGCACCGAUUCCGACGGCAAGUCAAUCCUGUUGCGAGACAACCGCAAGCCAUCGCUAUACACUGGCAACUUUGGCGACUGCAUGGGCGACAGCAGCAUCAACGUCACUCGUUUCGACGCGGCAUACUACAAGGACAACAUGACGGUGCAAUUCCACUUAGCCGGGAACACAGCUGUGGUUAAUGAAGACCUUAUGAUGUACAUCGCCGUUUAUGCUUAUGGCGAGAGCCAGUUUCAACUGGUUUUCAAUCCCUGCAGCGCCAACAUAGCAAGUCUUUGCCCUAUGAAAGCCGGGGUCCCCAUAGAAGCAAAUGGCAUUAUCCCAAUUGCGCCAAGCGACGUCGCAAACAUUCCAUCUAUCGCGCUCAGUAUUCCGGAUUUUGAGGGGCAAGCUAUCCUCAGAAUAUUCGCAAACUCCACUCGGCAAAUGAUUGGAUGCUACUCAGCCGUGAUCACUAAUGGAGCUACAUUUUCUCACCCGACUGCAGUGGGCAUUAUCUUCGGAGUAUUCACCGUCGUUGCCGUCAUUGCUUCUUUUGCUACCGCCAUUUAUGGAGCAGAUCUACCGACCAUGCGAACACAUUACGCCCACUCGGUAUCCAUCUUGGUUGUCUUUGCCGUCUUCCAACAUAUCUUCUUCACCGGCGCUCUGUCGAUGAACUGGCCGAGCGUGCUUGUUGCAUUUUGGAGCAACUACGCCUGGACUGGCGGCAUGAUUUAUAGUAAGAGUAUGCAAAAUUCUAUUAACAACUUCAUUGGAUCCAACAAGGGCAACACGAGUGCGGUUGGAGCAGCCAGUGCAGGAGCUGACGAUAAGAACGUCGGCGGCGGGUACGACAUCUCAAAAAUCUACCGGAGGUCCAUGCCCAACUCCUGGGAGCCAGAUUUGCGGACUUUGCGUUCGCGCGCCUUGGAAUCGGUCAUCGCUAAGCGCGAACUCACCAACAGCUCCGAUGGCUUUUCCUGGUAUGGAGAACCAGUCAAGCCUGGCUUACCUUUGCCAGGAAACUACUCCGGAUUUGCUGGUACCCUGGGUCAAGAAAACAUCCCAGUCUCCAACGCCUUUAUGACUGGCUUCCUCUGGUUUUUGAUACUUUUGGUAAUUAUAGCUGGCGCCGUUGUGAUAUUCAAGUGGACUCUGGAAGGCAUGAGCCGCACCAAACUCAUCAAGCAAGAUCGACUUGCUUACUUCAGAGCGCAUUGGCUUGGAUACACGGGGCUGGCCAUCCUCCGGACGCUUUUCAUUGGCUUUUUCAGUAUGAUUUUCCUCUCAAUGUUCCAAUUCACCUGGGACGGCGCAAAGGGCGUGCUGGCCAUCGCCGCGAUCGUGUUCAUCAUAUUCUUUUGCGGGAUGUUUGGAGUGGCUGGCUACGCCUGUUACUACCGCCUGAGAUUUGGUAACCACGUUUCGGAGCCGGACCGUAUCAAUCUCGAAAGGAGUAGAGUUCUCGGAUGCAUACCUUGGUAUCAUUUCUCUCGCGCAAGCAACAACCAGGACGACACGGAAAAGGUCUAUGCCGGAUCAAUUCCUUUCUGGCGCAUCAGCCAUGUGGACUCUGAGAACCGAAAGACUAUCCAUGAAGACGAGGACUACAUCAAGAAGUUCGGCUGGCUGGCGUCGCGCUUCCGGCGCACGCGGUGGUGGUUCUUUGCGCUGUGGCUCGUCUAUGAGUUCGUCCGGGCCUGUUUCUACGCCGGCGCUUCUGGUCACCCCAAGACGCAGGUUUUCGGCCUGCUCGUGGUCGAGAUCAUUGCCUUCAUCGCGAUCAUUGUGAUCCGCCCAUUCGAGGCUCAGCGGCUGAACGCGCUGGUGGUGUACUUGCUUGGUUUCAGCAAAGUCUCCACGGUCGCCUUGUCCGCGGCAUUCGAUGUCCGCUUUAACACCGGUCGCAUCAUCACUGCCGCCAUUGGCAUUGUUGUGGUGGUCAUUCAGGGCAUUCUGACCAUCUUCCUGCUCAUUGCCAUCGCCGUCGGCGCCGUGUCAAGUUACAUGUCCAUAAUGCGGCAUCGCGAAGACUUCCGGCCGCGCCGCUGGGCCGACUGGCGCGAACGGUACUACAGGCACAUGGAGCGCACGGAGAAGGACGUGCCGCGGGAGCCCAAGCCAGCUCCGGAGCCCGUCGAAGAGCCCCAGGAGCCCAGAGAACCGUACUUUGCCGUGUCCACGGUGCGGCGCGUCCCCAAAAUCGAGGACGAAGACCAAGUCUUCCUCUCCGACAUUGGCGACCCACUCGCGUCCGCAAACUCCCUCUCAGGCAAGGGCAAGGGCCCAGCCGCCGACGGCCAAGCCAUAGGAGGCACCCGCGUCCGCUCCACCAGCGUCAACAGCCGCAUGUCGUACACGAGCCUGCCGCGGGGCGCCCGCGUCCACCGCGCCAGCUGGAGCUCGCGCGACUUCCGCGACUAUGCGGAGGGCAACGACAACCGCCGGCGCACCGUCAGCUCGUCGGCGGGGCUGGUGUCAUCGCCCUCGGAGUCGGCGCGCAAUAGCGGCAUGGACUUUUACACGGCCAGCAAUUCGCGGCAGGGCAGCGCGGCGAACUUGCACAGGAUGAUGGUGGGCGGCCAGGAGACGCCUGGCAGUAUCAGCCGCGUGGGCAGCCCGUCGACGUCGUCGAGGCCCGAGAGCCCGCUUGUGGUGAGCCGGGCGGCUAGUCCUCCGGUGGUGGAGGGCGAGUCGUUGUCGUCGCAUCCGACCGCUGCAGCCCCUAUGGGGAAUCUGAACGAGGAGGUUGAGCGCGGGCGCGCGGCGACGGCGCAUCAAUAA